GAUAUGAAAACGAGCCCUGGUGCUUCACGUGCACAAACAGCAUAAGGAGCCCUGUGGCAUACCUAUGUGCAUUCAACCGGUAUGGAUUUACAUAAUGGUGGGUGCUGGAGUGAUACUACUCAUUUCACUAAUAUCCGGCCUGUACUGUUGUAUAACGCGGAAAAAUAAACGCAACAAUAGAAACCGUCUGGCCAGCACGCCUGGACUGAAGACGAUCAAAACAUCUCCAAACAAGAAAGGACUGGAGAUGUCAGCCUUAAUCCCGGGAUCGGCGAAUAGCAGUCUGAAAUCCGAAGCAAGGCCUAGAGUGAAGGAGUACAGGCUUUCCAAUAUUCAUUUCAUUCAAGAACUUGGCGAAGGUGCUUUCGGUAAAGUGUACAAAGGCGAAGUGCUGACGUCAGACGGCCAACCUCUGCUGGUAGCAAUCAAGACGCUGAAGGAGAACGCGACGGCGAAGACAGUGAACGACUUCCGUCGCGAGGUCGACCUGAUGUCGGAGUUGCGUCACCCGAACAUCGUCUGCCUGUUGGGCGUGUGUCUGGCGGGGGAGCCGCUCUGCAUGCUGUUCGAGUUCAUGGUCAAGGGAGACCUGCACGAGUUCCUCAUGGCGCACUCGCCGAGGUGCGACGUGUCCUCGUCGCAUGGCCUCGUCGAUGGCCCGCCGCUCGACCAGGCCGAUUUCAUGCAUAUUGCUGUACAGGUUGCUGCUGGUAUGGAAUACCUGUGCAGUCACCACUAUGUGCAUAGAGACCUAGCUGCCAGGAAUUGCCUGGUGGGGGACAAGCUCACUGUUAAAAUAUCCGACUUUGGAUUGUCAAGAGAUAUAUAUUCUUCUGAUUACUAUAGGGUACAAUCUAAGUCAUUGCUUCCUGUACGGUGGAUGCCUCCCGAAUCCAUUCUCUAUGGAAAGUUCACAACCGAGUCAGAUGUGUGGAGCUAUGGUGUCGUGCUAUGGGAAAUCUACAGCUAUGGACUCCAGCCAUACUACGGUUACAGCAACCAGGAGGUGAUCGACAUGAUCAGGUCGAGACAACUGCUGCCGCCUGAGGACUGCCCCUCGCGCAUGUACUCUGUCAUGAUGGAGUGCUGGCAUGAGGUGCCCAUUCGCCGGCCACAUUUCCCCGAAAUACAUGCCAGACUUCGGCAGUGGAUGGGCAGUCAUCAGCAGCCUAUGGGUGGUGGCAUCAGUGGUAGCAGUGGUACCAACUCAACCCAGCUAUCACACCCCUCGCCCCACCAGCUGGUAGUCAGGCUGCCACCCUACAACAAGCUCAAUGCUGCCAACAUAUGA